AACUUACUUGCUUUGAAAUUUAUAUUUAUAAAAAUAUAAUAAGACCAUGACUCACCACCAUGCCUCAAUCCUUUCUCGUUUCUGGUAUUUUCCCCACUACAAAAAUUUUCCCUUUUUAUUUCCGCCUCUCUUGGGAGAGAUUGAGGGUAGAAGAAAAUAGCACAUGGCUGAUUCAUUCGAUGAAGAGUGUGAUUAUGUGUUCUUAUUGGAGACUCUGGUGCUGGGAAAUCAAAUCUUCUCUCCAGAUUUGCAAAAGGUGAAUUUCGUUUAGAUUCAAAGCCCACCAUAGGGGUUGAAUUAGGGCCGGCGACAAGCUCAUCAAGGCUCAGAUAUGGGACACUGCAGGCCAAGAAAGGUAUAUAUAACUGCCUACCAAAGCGGUUAUGUGGUUAUACGGUUAUCGGUUGUAGGGCGGUUAUACCCGCCCAGUACACCCCUACUUAAAUGUCAAAGGGUAACGUUGCUGAUAUCCCAUUUAAUCCAUAUACAAAGACGGGCAAAGAAAAGCCACGAGCUGACGAGCAUCAGCAGUAGCAUAGAGAGAGAGAGAGAGAGAUAGAGAGAGAGAUUCUACGAGCAUCAGCAGUAGCAUACUGCAUACAGAGAGAGUACCAGAGAAAAGAUAUAGCGCCAUCGUCAUGGGAUUCUUAGGCUUAACUGCCAUUGUCAUUGUGGGGUAUCAGUUUUUGUUCUUUUUAGUCACAGCCCUUCUCAAAUUCGAUAUAGUCACUGGCUUUUCCGGAAGCACAAAUUUUGCGAUAAUUGCAAUAUUGACUCUGAUUCUGAAAGGCACAUGGAAUGUUAGACAGAUAGUCUUGACUUCACUUGUAUUCAUAUGGGGUCUUCGCCGCGGAUUGUUUCUUUUAAUGGGGAUCUUGCAGUGGGGGGAGGAUAGACGUUUUGAUGAAAUGCGUAGUAAUUUGGGAAAGCUGGCAAUAUUCUGGAUAUUUCAGGCUAUCUGGGUGUGGACAGUUAGUUUGCCUGUCACAGUAGUUAAUUCGAGCUCAAGAAAUCCAUCUCUCCAGGCUGCGGACAUAGUUGGCUGGAUUACGUGGUCAGUGGGUUUUUUAGUCGAAACAAUAGCUGAUCAGCAAAAAUUGGUAUUCAAAAACUCUCCAGAAAAUAGAGGGAGAUGGUGUAAUGUUGGACUCUGGCAAUACUCUCGUCAUCCCAACUAUUUUGGCACGAUUCUCCUUUGGUGGGGAAUAUUUGUGGCUUCCACACCGGUACUAGAAGGUGCCGAGUGGCUUGUAAUUCUUGGGCCAAUCUUGCUCACAUUGAUGCUCAUUUUCACCAGUGGCAUACCAUUGCCUGAGGUAUCUAGCAAGGUGUCAAGAAAGAAGGGGAGAAAGCAGCGGGGGAGAAACUAGUAGAGCAAGCAGGGGAGAAAGCAGUGGCGGAUUGGAGAUGCAUUAGUGCACGACGAUUCUUUGACUUGCGAAGUUUCGUUUCUUUAUACUCCUUUAUAUGGUUCAUUAGUGUUUGAUCUUCUAUAUGAAAACUAUAAUGAAAUGGAAUUCUGAAUUACUAAUUUUCAAGUUGUCCUGUUAUCCCCAAUAAGGAUCAUUGUAAAACAUGUAGAUAUGAUUGGUUGAUUGUGCAAGAAUUUGAGUCAUCAUUAUCUUCCCCUUUCUUCUUCUUUUUUCUUCA